AUGGCAGAAAAUGUAAGAUACUUUUUGGAGCAGACGGUCCCAGAGCUUGAGGAUCUAGAGAGAAAGAAUGUUUUUUCAAAAGCAGAAAUAAACAAAAUAAUGAGAAGGAGAACUGAAUUUGAACAUAGAAUUGCAGGUAGAGCUAGCAAGAGUGCAGACUUUAUUAAGUACAUUCAGUACGAAAUGAGUUUAGAUAAUCUUAGGAGAAAGCGGAUUGAGAGGUUAUCGCCAACAGGGAUAGUUGAUAUGAGUCAAUCGAUCAGUGAUUGGAGCGGCCAAAGGAAAAUUCUUUUCAUUUUUCAAAGGGCCGUUAGAAAAUUUCAUGGUGAUCUACAAUUGUGGUCCUUAUAUUUGCAAUACGCUAAGGAACUUGGUAGUAUCAAUGUCGUUGAGCAAAUAUACAACAAAAUGCUACAGUUACAUCCAACUGAUACCGAUUUGUGGAUUUCCGCUGCUAAAUUUGAGUUUGAAGAGAACGCCGACGCCAAGAACGCCCGAAUCCUGUUGCAGAGAGCUCUUAGAUUCAACUCUGAACAGGACAAGCUGUGGCUAAAUUAUUUCGUAUUCGAAUUGAGCUAUAUAUCGAAGUUGCUUUUACGAAGAAAAAUAUUAGGACUCAACAGUGCCGCUCUACAAAUUGAACAAGAAGAGCUUGAUGAAAUCAAGAAGGAAAAUGAACAGAGACAAAUCAAUGAGAGAAUUCAACUACAUGAAGACAUGUCUACUGGGAAUUUUCAAUCUUCAGGCACUGUUGAGCUAAACAAUUUGCCCGAAACAGACAUCGACAUGCUGGGAGAUCCCGAUUCUAACCCUGCUCUUAAGGGUGAUGUAGCCCUCGCCGUUUUUCGAAUAGCUGUAGAUACAUUGACGGGAACAAAGAGAAACUCUAAGGGAUACACUCUAUCAUUGGUGAAAAAGUUUAUUUCAAUUGUUGACGGCUUUGAAGUUCUUGACAGAGAUUACCUUGUUUCCUCGAUUGUAACUCACAUGUCCUCAUUGGAUCCCAAAUGUUCGGAGUAUAUUGUUAUUGCUUUAGCGCUUCCAUUGCGAUAUUUGUCUAUUUCGUCACCAGAGUUUCCAAUCAAGCUGCAGCUGUCUGUCAAGAAUUAUCUAAAGCUAGAUGAGCCCUCAACUAGAAAUGGCUAUGUUGAGUUUUUAACCAAACUUUUGGAAGCAUGUAGAAACGAAGAAAAUGAUACAAGAGCUGUUUUACUACAACAAUUAGUAAAGAAAUGCAAAUGUUCUGUGUGA